AGUUGUUUCGUUGCUCCUCUUGCCCAUCACCGGACUGUGCCGCCGCUGGUAGGGUUUAUUCACAAAACUCUCCACUUUUGCACCUCCCAACACACGAACGUAGCUGCUUCUGUGAUUCAAUUCACUUCUUUCUUCCAUCGAAUCCAUAAUCAUGGCAAACUCGAUGGCUAGAUCUUUUCUGCAGGUUGCUGCUACGGAAGAGGUUGCUUCCCCUCUCCGCGUGGUUCAGAUUGAAGGAUUGGUUAUAUUGAAGAUAAUCAAGCAUUGCAAGGAGUUUUCACCAGCUCUUGUGACUGGGCAACUUCUUGGGUUAGAUGUUGGUAGCGUUCUUGAAGUCACUAAUUGCUUUCCCUUCCCGACUCGGGAGGAGGAUGAGGAGAUUGAAGCCGAUGGUGCUAAUUACCAGCUUGAAAUGAUGAGAUGCUUGAGAGAAGUCAAUGUUGACAAUAACACUGUUGGAUGGUACCAGUCAACCUUCUUAGGUUCGUAUCAGACUGUAGAGCUGAUUGAGACCUUUAUGAAUUAUCAGGAAAAUAUUAGGCGGUGUGUCUGCAUAAUUUAUGAUCCAUCAAGGUCUAAUCAAGGCGUCUUAGCUCUCAAAGCAUUGAAGCUUUCAGAUUCUUUUAUGGAACUUUACCGCAGCAACAGCUUUACUGGAGAGAAGUUGAGGGAGAAGAACUUAUCAUGGGUGGAUAUUUUUGAGGAAAUACCUAUCAAAGUUUCAAAUUCUGCCCUCAUUAGUGCUUUUAUGACAGAGCUUGAAGCCGACUCUCCAGUCACCCAGUGUGACUAUGACCGUCUGCAACUUUCAACGAAUCCAUUUAUGGAGAGGAAUGUAGAAUUUCUGAUUGAAUGUAUGGAUGAUUUGUCAGUAGAGCAGCAGAAGUUCCAAUUUUAUUAUCGGAGCCUGACCCGUCAGCAAGCUCAGCAACAAGCAUGGCUUCAGAAGAGAAGGGCCGAGAACAUGACGAGGAAGGCAGCAGGAGAAGAGCCUCUCCCUGAGGAGGAUCCUACAAACCCCAUCUUCAAACCACUCCCCGAGCCAUCACGUUUGGAUAGCUAUCUCAUAACGAAUCAAAUAGCAAACUACUGCAAUCAAAUUAACGGGGUUGCUGGACAGAGUUUCAACAGGCUUCAUUUGAUGAAGGCCCUUCACGACAAUUAAUGAUGACGCUUUUUUGAAGGUCUAUUCUCUUUCGGUGCGUCUUCUUUUUGUAAUGCAUUGUGAAAUUGGAAAGAGAAUAACUAGAGAUUUUAUUUUAUAUGGAUGACCCGUAGAGUUGGCAGUUGUAAUCUAUUCUCAAUUUAAUCAAAUAUUAUUGUUUUGAAAUGUUCCUAAAA